AUGAAGCUUCUACUACUGAUUUUAGAAACGGUAUUAUGUAGCUUUAAAUAUAGCAGUUAUACACAUUCGAAGUAUAGGCAUUGCUUGCUCAGCAACGUAACAACAUUCCUAACACCAGAACAGCAUGCAUCAGGAUUUCCAUUUAUUGAUUGUAAGGUGCAAUCUAUAAUAAAAUACAACGAUACAUUCUACGUUGUUAAGGGUGAAUUUGGAUGUCAAAUUAAUUCAAGUCAGUCAUUUAUUGAUUUUGAUUUGAUGACAAACAGUGAUGCUUUGAAAAUAUUUGUCAAAAUACUAAGGGUGGAAUUUGCAUUAGAUGUGUGUGCAUACGUAGCAAAGGAGUUGGAAUUGGAUGAAUCUUUCCGUGUAAAUCAUUAUACGGGCAAUCACAUCUUCAGAUACUCUGAAUGUAACGCCAGUUCUAAACUGACAAUUAACAUCUGGGCUGCUAAGUUAAGUUAUUGUGAUGUAGAAAGCAACUUGAAAUGGUGUAAGACGAAGUUCAAAAUGUCUAAGAAAGCUAUGAAAAAAUACAAAGCAGCAGACAACAGGUUGAUUGUACACUUUGCGGAUAGAAUAAGUUACGUUGAUGCAAUGUUGGAGCUACUUUAUUGGGGAAAUGAUGAUAUUGGAUCUUUUGCGGCUAAACGAUACAAAGAGGAUCAUGAAGAUGAUACUUCAGACGAUGAUGAUUCUGAUGAGGAAGAUGAGAGUGAUGAGGAACCAUGUGAUGCAGAUGCCACAACAAGAUUAGUCGAAGAAUUGACACUUGAAGAGAGGGAUAAGAAAGCCAAGAAAACUUGCCUAAAACAACGAGGUGUAAAACAGACCAAUAAUGUGACUUUCAAUGAAGAAGUGGAUACUAAAACGUAUACAAUCAAAUCGAAAUUAUACGAAGAAUCAGCAAAUCCAUCGACUAAACAGAAACUUACAACUGGAGAUGAAGGUGAAAGUGAAGAUGAAGAUGGAGCAAGUCUCAAAAAAAGGGAAUUCGGAGAAUCAACAAUAAUUCCAAUGUUUCCGAAGUGUAUUCUGGAUGAAGAUGAGACAUUUUUUGAGCACAGCAAUGCAGAACAUACCGAAUUGAGUUUCAUUGUCGAACCUUAUAAAAAGAAGGAAGAAAAGGAAUUACGUGAAGUUGGUGAUAAUGAAGCUGUAAACAUUUAA